UUUUUUUUAAGGGAAAGCAAAUUAACAGUAAUUGUUACUUUUAUUAAUUGCCGGCAAAGUUAUUAUGUAGUAUGCGUAUGAAUCGGAGAACUGAGCCUGAGCUCUCCUCCAUUUUUCAAUCGGAGAACUAAAUUACAGAUGCGGCGCCACUGUACAACCACGCCGACGGCAGACUAAUUGCCGGCGGCCAUAUCAAAUGGCUCCCUCCGCUGCCUUCAGACGGCGGCUGGCCGCCUUUCCUUUCGUUUUCCAAUUUCCUCCGCUGGUCCGUCGAUUGCGCUCAGACGCCACUUUAGAAGCAAUACGAAAAGCGUCGGAGAGCGCAAUUCCCAACUUGGUGUUGUACAAUUAUCCCUCGUUCUCCGGCGCAUUUGGAGCGCUUUUCGCGCACCUCUACCACUCUCGACUCAACCUCCCUUGCCUCAUUUUGCCUUUCUCAUCCGUCGCGCCCUUCAGUGUUGAUGACUUGUGCAUAGAAGGAAUGAAGACAUGCUACUUUCUAGACUUUUUGGGUCCAAAAGGUUUUCCUUUGGUGCUUUCCAGGCGAACAUCAUCCAUGGUUAUUGGAUUUGAUCACCGGAAAUCAGUGCUUUCCCGAAUUUCUUCUGGGGAAGAUUCUGAUCCCAAUAUUUCGUUUCAUGUAAAUAUUGAGAAGAGCAGCUCCACUGCUGUAUAUGAAUAUUUCUCUGCUAAACUUUCAGAGACAAGAUCUGAUCAGAUUGAUAGUAUAAGCCUGCUAAACCGUAACGAUCAAGAACGCAUGGAGAUCAUUCUCAAAUACAUUGAAGCUGGAGAUCUACAGCGGUGGAAUUUACCCAACAUUAAAGCGUUUAAUAUUGGACUAAGAGAAUGGCGGUCGAAAUUAAACUGCAUCACUAACCCACUCAUGUAUCAACAGUUAAUGGAGAUUUGCUCUACAGACUUGAUCAUCAAGGGAGACACCUAUCUUUCUAAUCGAUUGACAGAAGCAAGUAAACUGCUGAAUAAGGUCUUCAGGGUUAAGUUGGGCCGAGGUUUUUAUGGCGAGUGUCUGGGGAUUAGAGCUGAUGGGAACUCAAAUUUCAGUGAUGAAAUGGGCAAGGAACUUAGCCAAAUGAGUGCGGCAGCAGGGCUAAGGCCUAUUGGAGCAGUUGUUUACAUGCACAGAAACAAUCUAAAAAUGUGCCUGAGGACUACGGAUAGCAGUACCGAUACAUCAGAAAUCGCUAAGGCAUAUGGUGGUGGUGGUUUCCCAAGUUCCAGCUCCUUUAUUAUUCGUAUGGAUGAGUAUAACCAGUGGCUUUCAGUGCUGCCAUCACCUACAACAUAAGGCAUUCAGCAAUAUGUUACAAUAAGGAAGUUGGUUGGAACUUACUUCGUUAUAAGCUUGGGUUACUUCCAUGAUUCUAUUGAUUAGUCUUGAUCUUAUGGGUGUCUACCUCAGGGAUUCAAUGCGAUCACUUCUAUAAACUAAAACUUUCCUACACUGAAAUGUUGUAAAUGGUGAUGGGCAGUACAUCCUUCAAAAUAUGGUGUUUUCGUUUUCAUCGCAACAGCAUUGUUGUUUGGCUCUACUUUCAUGUCAAGUGGUGAGGAUCAAGAAACUGGAUCAUUAUAAUUAAUAAGACAAUUUGUCUGUUUUUGCUGAGAUAUACUUUAGCCGCAACAAUGUAACAAUUUUGACUCUGUUUAGACUCGACUCUUGAGAUUAAUGAGGAAAUUGGAUCAAUCAUCAGGUCCCAUUUGGA